CGCGCGGCCGUUAGCGGUCUUGCUCUGUCAACGGUCAGCGUCGCCUUGGUGCCCGCGGCCGCAGUGUCCCUAUGUCGCAGUCCGCGUGACCUGGCCCCGGUUUGCGCGCUCGCCCCCUUCGCUGGCGUAGUCACCGCGCGGGGCGGCCGCCCGUGAGGUAGCUCCCACGGCUUGUGACGACGAACAAAGCUCCGGGACAGCGGUGCCCUCGGCGACAGCUGGGCAGACGGCCCCGGCCGGGAGCGGCGGCUGGUGCGCUACCGUGAGGAGCGAGCGGCGGUGGCGACCUCCGGCCCGGCCCCGCAGCAGCCGCCCGGCAAGCGCGACAUGAGCCUGGUCUGGCAUCCGUGGAAUGCUCCUUGAGCCCCUUCUCCUACUGUUACCUCCGAGGGACGGUUGUCGCCACACUGACACGUAUUUUCCAGAUAAAUCACUCCUUAUUCUUGCGGCUGCGGGGCCGACCACUCAUUUAUUUUUAAUUUUUUCAGCCGGCUUUUGCCCAGCGCUUAUCCAGCGAAACAACUUGGUAACCGUUUCAAGGGAGCGUCCGCUCGGUUAGGGAAUCUCGGCCGGAGCAGCCUGUGGAAGCCCGCGUUCGCAGCGCCCCCUGAGCUGCCUUGAAGAGUGUUGCGUCUUCCUGCAACGACCAGUGUGCGCAAAAUCCCGCUCAAGGAACGUCUUGGUCCAGCGAUGCAAAGAGCUGAAGUCUCAAGGUUUUUCUCUAUUGCUAGAUGGUCGGGGUUCCCCAAGAGCUCGGAACCGCUCGGUAGUCAGCUAAAGUGGAUCCUCAGAAAAUCUGCCAAGACAAGGAGGGUAACCCAGAGGAAACCGCCUUCAGGGCCUGUUUGCCUGUUAUGCCUUCGAGAACCUGGGGAUCCUGAAAAAUUAGGGGAGUUUCUUCAGAAAGGCGAUCUCAGCAUGCAUUACUUCUGUCUUAUCCUAUCUAGCAAGCUGCCUCAGAGGGCCCAGUCCAACAGAGGUUUCUAUGGAUUUCUGCCUGAAGACAUCAAAAAGGAGGCAGCCCGGGCUUCUAUGAAGACCUGCUUUGUGUGCAAGAAAAAGGGAGCUGCCAUCAACUGCCAGAAGGAUCACUGCAUCAGAAACUUCCAUCUUCCUUGUGGCCAAGAAAGGGGUUGCCUUUCACAAUUUUUUGGAGAGUACAAAUCAUUUUGUGGAAAACAUCGCCCAACACAGGACAUCCAACGGGGGAAUGUAGGGGAGGAAAGCUGCGUCUUGUGCUGUGAAAACUUAUCCCAAGCAACUGUUGAAAAUAUCCAGAGCCCGUGUUGUAGUCAGACUAUCUACCACCGCAAGUGCAUACAGAAAUAUGCCCACACAUCAGCAAAGCAUUUCUUCAAAUGUCCGCAGUGUAACAAUCGAGAAGAGUUUCCUCAAGAAAUGCUAAGAAUGGGAAUUCAUAUUCCAGACAGAGAUGCUGCCUGGGAACUCGAGCCAGGGGCUUUCUCGGAGUUGUAUCAGCGUUAUCAGCAUUGUGAUGCCCCCAUCUGUCUGUAUGAACAAGGCAGAGACAGCUUUGAGGAUGAAGGGAGGUGGUGCCUCAUUCUGUGUGCUACGUGCGGAUCCCAUGGAACUCAUAGGGACUGCUCCUCUCUUAGAUCCAACAGUAAAAAAUGGGAGUGUGAGGAGUGUGCAUCUUCUGCAGAAGCCACAGGAUCGCAUCCAGGAUACCACAUUGCAUUGAGUCGUCAUGUCUCCUUAGGUUCCUCUUGGCUGUAACAGUUUGUCAGAUUUUCCUUGUUUUUGAUGACCUUGACAGUUUUGAGGAGUACUGGUCAGGUAUUUUGUAGAGUGCCAUUCAAAUGGGAUUUUUCUGAUGUUUUUCUCAUGAUUAGACUAGGGUUAUGGGUUUCGGGGAGGAAGACCACAUAGAUAAAGUGCCAUUUUCAUUGUAUCAUAUUGAAGUUACAUACUAUCAGCAUGACAUCUCUGUUGAUGUUGAUCUUGAUCAUCUGGCCAAGGUAGUGUCUGUCAGGUUUUUCCACUGUAAAGUUACUCCUUUCCCCCCUUUCCAUACUGUACCUUUUAGAAGGAGGUUACUCUGUGUAUCCCACAAUUAAUGAGUAGGGAUUUAUGCCCCCUCCCUCCUUGAGGACAGAGUAUCUACUUAAAUUAUUUGGAAUUCUGUGUGGGAAAUUUACCUAUUCUCUCCCACUUACUUAUUUUUUCAAUCAUUUAUUUAUAUCAGUAUGGACUCAUGGAUAUGUAUAGUAUACUUUGGGUUAUAAUCCAAUACUACUUUAUUUUCUUGCUCAAAUUCUUCUGGUUUUGGGCGUUGGGAGCUCUUGUGUUCUUUUCACAUACCCCUAUUAUUGUGUGUUUUGUUUCAUUUUUUGAACAUGUCUUUACUUUUUGGCACUAUAAGAUGCCCCAGGCUCAUCUUGCAUAUUUAAAAUACCUGUUUUCACAAAUGACAUGUCUAUUAGAAUUAAUUACUGUUUUAUAGCUUAGGACCUAGAACAGAUAGUUCACUUGGGGAGGGUAGAAAUAGAUCUUAAAUAAAAAUUACCCAAAGCAUCUGCUAUUCUUCCUCUAAUCCUUACUUUGUAGGAGCCGUAAACUAGGGCCAGAAACCUCAGAAUCUCCUUCUGCUUCCUUUUAUGCUUCUCCACUCUCUUUCUUGUCAAUUUUACUGUUUGGCAAAUGUUUGCCUUCCACUCCAUCCCAUUGCCAGUGCUCAGCUCAAACCUCUGUGCCAUGUAGGACUGCUGCAAAAGUCCUCUCUCUGCAUAAGGUUUCCUAUGUCCUUUGCUUUGCUGACACAUCCACCCUUUUUCCUUCUGCUAAUUACCAGAAAACAUCUGCUAGCUCUUUACUUAGGAUGGCCCCUGCUGAGAUUGGCAUCCAAAGCCUUCCACAAAUAUGGUCCCACACAGCUGCAUAUCCCAGGACACCCCACCUGCAAGCACUCUGCCCUGGCUACGCUGGAAUACUGGGCCCUGAGCAUAGGGUUUGCAGUCUAAAGAGUCCUAACCUCUACCCUCAGCCUGUUGAACCCCACCUAAGGGCCUCUUUUUCAUCCCUAGGCACUCUCACUGGGCUCUGCUUAUACCCUUAUUAGGGCUCGUGUCAUUUCUCCAUCUGUUCCUAUGGUUGUGGAUUUGUCUCUCCCACUAGAUUGGAAACCCCUUAACGGCAGGGACCAUCCGUCUUAUUAACCUUUCUUCCCCUCGUGGUAUCUGGCUUGGGACCCACAUCCAGAGGCAGUUUGAUGUCUACUGAAUUGAUGGAUGUGCUCAUACCCUGUAUUCCUAAGCCUAUUGUUUUGCCUUCAAACACCAGAGGGCACUGUUAACAUGUUGAGGAGGAAGAUUAUAACCCUUCAGACCUGGAA